AUGUCGCGGUGGGGACGCAAACGCAAAUACGACUUGUCGAAGAUGUCAGAUGAGGAGUUCAACGACUUUAUGGACUUUUGCGAAAACAGUGAUGAGGAAAUUGAAGGCGAUGAUUUCGAUAGUGACAACGACGUGAAUGACCCAGAUUUUGUGGUCCCCAAUCAAAAUGAUUCCUUUCUACAAGAAACAGCAAACAACAUUUCUGUAUCUGAUCUUUCUCUUUCCCGUGGAAUUUAUUCGCUUGGAACUUUUCGAGCCAACCGUGUGAAAAACUGUAAACUAUCUGCCGAUGAACAGCUAGUGGUGAAAAAAGCUCCUCGUGGAUAUUUGGAGGAUUUCGUUGCCACCGCAUUUGGAGUAGAUAUUUCUACUGUUGUUUGGAAGGACAGCAAACCAGUUCGUUUAGCGUCAACGUAUGCAGGUGUGCAGCCAUUUAACUCGAAUAAUCCGAGCGACCGGAACACAUUGUCCCGUCGCUAUAACCGCAAUAGAAAACAGUAUGAAUAUGUAAGCUGUCCAAACAUUGUCAAAGAAUACAACCGGCACAUGGGCGGAGUGGACUUGAUGGACAGUCUAAUUGGUCACUACAAAAUUCGCAUGAAGACUCGUAAAUGGCCAUCUCGUAUAUUUCACCAUGUUAUCGACUUGGCAAUAGUGAAUGCUUACGUUUUAUACCAUCGUAUCAAUCGUGAAAAACGUCAGCGUGUCGAGCUUCCACGAUUUCGGGAAGAAAUCGCCGAAACUCUCCUGCUCAUAUCGGAAACGAAAAAAUUUGGUCGCCCCACUACUGCAGAAAAACAAGCCGAAGAAGUACCAAAGGGAAGCAAGUUACUGUACCUACCACCACCCAAUAUAAGGUAUGAUUGUCUCUAUCAUUGGCCAAAUUUCUGCGAUAAAAGUAGUAAACGUCAAUGUCGUAACAAGCCAUGUAAAUCGGAGACUCAAGUUUAUUGCGAAAAAUGCAACAUACCACUUUGCAUGUCUGUCAAAAAAUUAUGUUUUAAGGAAUUUCAUGCUGAAUAA